AGAAUCGCAUUUACUUGGCUCAAUAGUGGAUGGAUAGACCCACUUUCCAAAAGGAAAGAUAUGUGGGCACACACAGCUGCAUCAAUUAGGUGGCUGCCACAAAUUUGUCUGCUUUUUGGAGGUGGAUGUGGAUGUGGCAUUCAAAUGGAAACCAACAAUCACAAUUUACAGAGGAUACCGAGGACAGACAGGCAAAUAAACCAACAUUUACAUUGGCUCCAUGGAGGGGCACACAGAGGGCAAAGGGCAGAGGACAGAGGACACGAAGCUACGGAGACAGCGUCACUUAAUCGAAUUAUGCAACAACAUCAACAGAUGACACAAGCCGAAUGCAGCUGCAAAUAACUACAUUAACAUAUUCGAUAACUUCAUCAGCAUAUCCCCAUCCCCGUCCCUAUCACCAACCUCAUCCAUCUGCCGUCCUCUGACUGGAUUUUAAUUAAAAUGCGCAUAUGGAAUCCGCAUCGGGGCAGGCCUGGCACUUCACAGACAGACAGCUCGGAAAAUCGAAUCUUUUAGACAAAUUUCCUGAAAAUACACCAGCCAGCGACGGAAAAACACAGACAGGAUGCCGCAAUCCAGAGUUUUUACCAUCCUGGCACUAAUUAUAAUGAUUCAUGGCGUUUUGGCAGCCAACAUCAAUUAUGAAAUCCUUGCGGAUGAUGGACAUCCCAACAAGUGUGUAAUGGAGGGUCCCAAAGGUGAGGUUAUUAUCGAAAGUGGCAAAUCAAUCCACCAUCCCACAAAGUGCGCGCAAGUUGAGUGUGGUAGGGAUGGUUGGGCCCUGGUUUAUAGUUGCGAAGAGAAAUAUCCUCCAAAAGGCUGUGUAUCUGAUGGAUAUGUGGACAUUGAGGCUGACUUUCCCGAAUGCUGCGAGAUGAAUUACAAAUGCAAUAAUGCUUAAAAUUUUUGAGUUAACGUUUUACAAAGUGUGAG